AUGUCGUCGGUAAAGGCAACCAAGAAGAGCGCCUUCUCUUGCGAGCCCUGCCGUAGACGCAAGCGUCUUGAGGAGCGUAUCAAGGAGCUCGAGGAUCAGCUGGCUGCCGUCAAGUCUCCUCCUUCUAUUGCUGCGUCUAAUCACUCUAGCCCGGGCAUGUUCAACGGCCACGAAGGCCGCUAUAGUGACGAGCAUAUGACUAGGAGCUUCAUGGGCCUCAAGAUCGACGACAAGGGCGGCAUUACUUAUCAUGGUGCUACCAGUCUUUUCAACCUUCCCAGUGAUCCGCACAAGCACAAGGCCGACUCGCUCUCUUCAAUUGAUUCGGAUGCGCAUAGGAGAGAGCGCCUCGUUAAUAAUGCAUGGCACCAGCGCGCAAUGGAAAACCUCUCCGACAUUCCCGAACCCUUUCAAUAUCUCUUGAAUGUCCACUGGUGUUGGAUUCAACCCCUAUUCAACUUCAUCUACAGGCCUGCCUUCACUCGUGACAUGCAAUCGAUGGGACCUUACUAUUCGCACACACUUCUCAAUGCCAUAUUGUCGCAUUCGAUCCGAUGGGGGAAGAGUGAUCCCUCAACCAAACGGCUGCUGGAUCAGUCUUACGAUGGGGGUGCUGUUUUUGCAAAGCAUGCUCGAAGCAUGCUGUUCGACGAAUUGAGCAGGGGCGUCUGCACAAUUCCGACAGUUCAAACGCUGCUUCUCCUUAGUGCGCAAGAGUGCGGCCAUGGCAACACUACUCAGGCCUGGAUCUACAGCGGCAUUGCUUUCCGACUCAUCGACCACUUGGGUAUUUGCGUUGAUGGACAGAGAUAUCCAGGCUCGGUCCAUUUGUCUGACGAGGAGGUCGAGAUUCGGCACCGACUAUUCUGGAGUUGCUAUUUCUGGGAUAAGAUCAUUAGCCUCUACCUUGGUCGUUCGCCAUCCAUGCAACACUCACUCGUAUCUCCCCCUCAAAUCAUCAUGGAUGAUUCCGCCGAGAACGAACUCUGGGUCCCCUUCGACUCACCUCACGGAGGAGACUGGAAGUACCCGCCUGCCACGGCUCACUCAACAUCAUGCUUCAUGAGUGCUUGCCGACUAUCUGUCAUCUUCAACGAGAUUCUCAUUCACAUGUAUGAUCCACUCUGCCAGAACACAGAGCAGGAGAUGCAAGAAUGUCUCCAAAGCCAAGAUCCUGCCAUGAAGAUGUGGUGGGAUCAGCUGCCGCCUCAUCUCAAGAUUGACCCCUUGGCCUUGCCGGCUCUUGCCCCCCCAUCACACAUCGUCACUAUGAAUGCCCUCUACCAUACGUUCAGAAUCCUCCUGUUCAGACCUAUGCUCUCUUGGCAGGUGCACCCAGGAGAUGACGGCCCGCAUCCGAUGCAGAACCAUCUCGUCGAAUGCGUCACGUCGGCAACGGCAAUCAUUGCCAUCUUUGACCUUUUCUGUCGAACCUUUACCAUCAACCACUGCGUGCUGUCAUUGUCAUACAGUGUCUACAUCGCAGCGACGAUCUUCCUCCUGCAGGUGCAGGCAACCCCUGAAGAUCAACAAGCAGUUCGCAAACUCAACUUUUGCAUCCACGCCCUGCACCAGAUUAAGUUUGUGAAUCCAGUCAUCUCAAGUGCCCUUGCUCUCAUUACAAGAGAAGUAGCAACCCUCGGCCUGGGCCUGGGAUUGAAUCCACAACAACCACCGCAACCACAGCCGCAACCUCAACAGGCAGCAGAGAUGCCACCAAUGACACCAGAUGUCCCAAUUUCCGAACCUAUGUAUCAACCUCCGUUCGAAAUGUCCUCUCAACAGUCCCCCUACGAGCCGGAUCAACUCUUUCAAACUCCAUGGGCCGACAACCUGAGCCCGAACGCUAUGGCCGUGGACCGUGGUGUUUUUGAGGCGCUAUCGACUUUUGAGCCCUUGAGCGUACGGGUGGGUGCUAUUCACGAGUCGGAUAAUAAUCCACAGACGUUUGAGUGA